AUGUAUCGUAUCACCAUUUCAGGCAUGAAGAAGUUGGAAUCAAUGAAUGUAGGUACUCAGAUAAAGCAAUUGAACGAUAUCGGUCAAUUUCACAAGGCUAUCGCGUUAUUCGAGGCCCAAAUUCAACAACAGCCUACGACUUUAGCUGUUAAUCAAGCUUUGAAAGCUUGUAUUGAAUUGGGCGAUAUAAAACGUGGAGCAGAUAUUCACAAAAAUCUGUCUCCCUAUUUAGUCAACAAUACCUUUAUUCGAACUAGUCUUAUUCGUCUCUAUAGUCUUGUUGACGACAAUCGUGCCGAAGACGCACUAGAUCUUUUAGGACAGAUGAAGAUUGAACGAAACGAAUAUACGUUCAGUGUCAUAUUCAAAAUUUGUGCACACAUUGCCGACAAACGCUCAUUAGAAUUUGGAAAAAAGAUAUUCGAUACAAUGCCCGAUAAAGUCCGUCACAAUAUAAUUGUACUAACUUCGGCCUUACAAAUGUUCAUCAAGUGUGGCGAUAUGUCGAAUGCUGAACAAUUAUUUACUCAAAUGAAGAAGAAUCUAAUCGUUUAUAGUACCAUGAUGGCCGGCUUCGUCUCGAAUAAUAUGCCACAACGAGCUAUUGACCUUUUCUCGAAGAUCGAAAAGCCCGACGAAAUUAUUUUCACUAUUUUUUUCAAUGCAUGUGCUCGAUUAGGAACGCAGGAUGCAUUGAUUUUGGGCAAAAAAGUCUUUGGUCAAUUAUCUGUUCAGUAUCGCCAAGCGAAUGAUCUUCUAUAUUCGGUUUUAAAUAUGUUUAUCAAAUGUAAUGAUAUCAUAAGUGCCGAAUCUCUCUUUGAUCGAUUAGAUCGAGAUGUCAUUUGUUAUGGAUCAUUGAUGAAAAUCUACAAUAUUCAACAUGAGCCCGAAAAGACUCUGGCACUAUUCGAACGAAUGAAACAAGAGAAAAUCGAAUCGAAUGAAAUUAUUUUCGUUCUACUCAUGGAUGCAUGUUCCGAAAUCGGUGAUCUUUCAUUAUGUCAAUCAAUCGUUUCACAGAUGCCACAAAGUUUAUUGACUAAUCCUUCGAUUCAAGUUGGAUUAGUCGAUAUGUGGGGUAAAGUAGGUUCGGCAGACAAAGCAAAACAAAUCUUCAACAUGAUUGAACAGCCAAACAGCGUUUCUUAUUCGGCCAUGGUUAAUGCAUAUGGUCUCAAUGGUAUGGGUAUUCAAGCUGUUGAACUUUUUCGUCAAAUUUCAUUUGAUAUGUUGGAUAAUUGGAUUUAUGUAUGCGUAUUGAAUGCUUGUUCUCAUUCGGCUCUUGUCAAUGAGGCUCGUAAGAUUUUUGACAAGAUUUCGAUGAAUGAAAGAACAGAACAAAUCUACACUACAAUGGUCGAUUGUUUCAGUCGCGUCUGCCUUUUUGAUGAAGCACAAAAAUUAAUUGAUGAAUUCGAAGAAUCUCAUCCACCUUCAAUUCCUAUGUACAUGUCGAUACUCUCGGCUGCUCGGAAUCAAAAGAAUCCUGCAUUAUCUCAAAAGAUUUUUGAUCGGAUGCAAUCACACUUUUCCGAUGUCCAAGAUUGUCUCCUAUCAGCCCGAGUUCUUCUUGCCAACACAUAUGCAUUAAGUGGUAACAAAUCGAUGGCGUCAAAAAUUCGAAUGAAAUUGAAUGAAUCGAACCUGAGAAAAAUGACCGGUCUUUCGUGGACUGUUGUCGGUGGAAAAGUUUUUAAAUUUCGAGCUCAUGAUCGAUCUCAUCCGAAUUCAACUGAAAUCUAUGCAGAAUUAGAUCGAUUGACAAAUGAAUUGAUCGAACAUGGUCACAAACACGAUGCAUCUUGGAUUACACGUCCAUUGAUGAAUGAUGAAACUGUUGAAUCAGUAUUAUGUGGUCACAGUGAACGACUGGCAAUUGCUUUCAAUUUUAUUCAAAGACCAAUGCCAAGUCGCGUACAAGUAGUGAAGAAUUUACGUGUUUGUGGCGAUUGUCAUUUGUUAACAAAUUAUAUAUGUCAAUUAUAUCGAUUUACAGUUGUUGAUAAAAUAGGAAAUGCAGCAUCACUCUAUAAACAAUUACGUUUUGAGGUUAAUGUACAUCGAGAACGAGCAUCUUCUACAUUAAAUGAUUUAAUUAAAUUUUGUGAGGCACAUGCACCAGCUGAUUGUCUAAUUGUCGGUUUUCACCAUAAAGAACAAAAUCCAUGGAAAGAACGACGUAUGUGUUCGGUUAUUUAA